GCUUGGACUUUGCUACGGCAGAGCCAGUAGCAGUGAGCGACUACUGAAGACUGAGCAGGCGAGGCGAGGCAGGGCAGGGCAACAACAAGAGCACAGGGCUUCGCCUCGCCUCGCCUCGCCUCGACCCCCUUUGGCAGCGACCAUUUGCUUUGCCUGCUUCGCUCUGCUCCAACCAGGCAAGCUGAAGAAGAACUCAGAUUUCCCACACCCACACUCCUUACUCCUUACUCCUUGAGCCGAUUAAUUAAUUCCAUCAGCAAUACCCCUUUGUUCGCUUCGAUUCGAUUCACCAUCCGCACUUCUUUCGUGUGUCUCCUCGCGCUCGCUGCGAGUAAUUAAUUUCCGUUCGACGCUUCCACGCGCUAGCUUUGGACACGACCCAGAUUUGACUUCACCUACGCAAGGCAAAAAGGAUUGUACCGGUCCGAGUGUGUGAGGGAUGUUAUGAGAUAAGGACUUUGGGAAGAGAAGGGAUCCUCUUCAUCCGCGGCGAUGGCGUCUCAGGACAAUAGAACAACGAUCCCACAGCCUUCGAAUAUCCAUGUUUCGAACCAGGUCCCAACGUCCGAGGCAGGAGAUGUAGAGAGUAUAUUAUCAUCGCGAAUGACAGAUAUAGCCUCUGAGGAUGGACGAGAACAUGUGGCAAACCCUUCGACAGGCUCAACCACACAGCAGCCUGGGCAACGACGUAGUGUUCAAACCAAUUCUUCCAGACCGACGACCAGCGGAGUUUCGAAUCAAAGAGGCCCCUGGUCUCAAGGGCCAGCUUCUCGAAGAGGACAUGCCUCAGUCAACAGCACAGCACGGGGUAGCGUUUCUACUAUUACUGGCCCAAGACCAAAAAGUGGCAGGUCUCAUGUGCCAUCCCUCACUUCCCACGCCUUCUUUCGCCCGAUGAGUUCACAAAGGUUACAAGCGCAAAGAGGAGGUGCAAGACCACCUACCUUGACACAACAAAGCGUCAGUGAGAGUCUGGCUCAGGGUGGGGGUAUGGUCAGGAACAGCGUCAAUUCCAACCAAGCGGCAAGGCAAGAUGAUUCUGAUGGCCCAGCACCACCGUCGAGAGGUACGGAAAUGACUGAGCAGGAGAUGAUGGAGAGGGUGACUGCAAAUACAAGCCCAACCCAAGGCCACCAUCCGACUGGAAGUUUGACCGACAGCGUGCGACCUUUGCAACGAGGUGGACAAGCUAAUGCUAAAGGACUGAGCCUUACGAUCGACAAGAGUUACAAGAACGGGAAUGGUCUUGCAACACCUUCAAAAUCCCCACGGUCAUUCCGUUCUAGCUUCCUCCUGCCAACCCGGGGCGAUGUGGCACCAGCCAGCCCUAACCGCAGUAAUCAAGGGAGAGAAAAAUUAUCUUCAAUUGCGUCCUCACCUGGUUUGACACCAGUUGAUCCGCCAAAAACCGCUCCCAGGAAUCCAAAGCUUGGAAAUAAUUACGAGUAUUUUACUGGUAACACUGUUUUUUUCUGGGGAGGGAGGAUACAAAAUACUCGACAUAGACCUAUCAACAUUGCCACAGGGCUCCUGUUCAUUAUUCCUGGAGCCCUCUUCUUUAUAUUUUCCGCCUCUUGGCUUUGGCACAACAUCUCGCCAGCGAUACCCAUUGUCUUCGCCUACCUCUAUUACCUUGCCAUGUCGUCUUUUAUACAUGCUUCCAUCACUGAUCCGGGGAUUCUUCCUCGAAACCUUCAUCCAAUGCCACCUCCAGAGGAGAACGAAGAUCCCCUUCGGCUGGCACCUCCAACAAAUGAUUGGACCAUGAUCAAAUCCGCUCAGUCUGCUACAGCAGCCAUGGAAGUACCAACCAAGUACUGCAAAACUUGCAAUAUCUGGCGACCCGCACGUGGCCAUCACUGCCGGAUUUGUGAUAACUGUAUUGAGACGCAAGAUCAUCACUGUGUCUGGAUCAACAACUGCGUUGGACGACGAAAUUACCGAUACUUCUUUACCUUCGUCUCAUCUGGUACGCUUGUCGGACUUUAUCUUCUCGGCGCAAGUCUCACCCAGAUUCUGGUGUACAUGAACCAACAAGAUAUCUCUUUUGGCGCAGCGAUAGACCACUUUAGGGUGCCAUUCGCUAUGGUCCUUUACGGUGCUGUUGGGACACCAUAUCUUCUGGCGCUUAUGGUAUAUCAUCUCUUUCUCAUGGGUCGUGGCGAGACCACUAGGGAAUAUCUCAAUUCCCACAAAUUUCUCAAGAAGGAUCGACACAGGCCAUUCACUCAAGGCAAUAUUAUCAAGAACUGGCUGGUAGUGCUGUGUCGACCUCGACCGCCUACGUAUCUCAACUUCAAGCGACAAUAUGAAGAAGGCGAUCAGCGCUUUGGCGAGCGCAAAGGGAAACGCACGGCUCCUUUAGCGAAAGAAGUCCAAGGCAAGGGUGUGGCCAUGGAGAUGCAAGACGUCCCCGCCGAGAGUAGAGGCUUUCAAGGUCCUUCGGCAUUGAGAGAGAGCAAUGGACAGCCCCAGGCAUAAUCAGUCCCGCUACUCUCUAUUAUAUUUUACUGUUUGCGUGCUGCACAAUUUAGCGAUGUUUGUUUUUUUUUUCUUUUGGAGAUGAGGAUGGAAUUGGAAGGGCGGGAUGGGGAAGGAAAACCGCUUGAAUACCUACUUAGUGCUAAUUUUGUCUUUAUAUUUUGGGAGGGUUGUGGUGAAAUACCUCAGGUGUUUGUUUUUAAGACAUCCUGAGAGGGGCCUGACGGCGUGGCUUCUUUGUAUCAUGAAGUGGAGACUUUGGGUGGCCAGUCAAAGACUAUAAUUGGUCUGACGUUGUAAGGGGACAUGGAUGAGAAGGUGAGGCGAGAAGAGGGGAUGGUGUGUAUAAUUUUUGGAUGCGGUCGUGCUAUAGAUAUACCCGCUGCGUUUUACUGUAUAAUUGGCAUACGUUGCUGUGCAAUACCAUCGGAGAGCCUUCGAUUUCUCGUCUAUUUUCUGCUUCUCCUUAUCAAGUGGCCGAUCGAGCAAUAGCUUCUCCUGCGUCUUCGACUGCCUCUAGGCUACAUUCACCUCGCAAAGCAUUUUCUGCUUCUAUUGUACGAGUAUGCCAGCCGUUUUAACUUCUCACAAGUGAUAGCGACCAUGUCUUGAGCAGAAUAUGAAGACCCAAUUCAUUCGAAGAUGCCACAACCUUAACUCUGCUAGCCAGCCACGGAACAAACCUUGAGAUUCCCAGGUGCUGUAGGGGAACCUCGCAAAGCUUUGCUGAAAGUCUGCUUCGGGUCAAGAAAUGUAUAGAG